AUGGCGCCCGUGACAGUCCACGUUGUUUUCUGUGGUGGCUGAGGCUACUUCCCGCGGUAUCGCAGCCUUGAGAAUGCGUGCCGCAUGAAGUUCCCCAAUGCCGACAUGAAGUUCUCAUAUGAAGCCACUGAGAGCGUCACUGGCUUUUUCGAGGUCGAGGUCAACGGUGAGCUGGUCCACUCCAAGAAGAGCGGACAGGGCCACGUCGACUCCACGGAAAAGCUUGCGCCGAUCCUUGUCAAGAUCGAAGCCGCGCUUGCCAAGUGA